CAACCCACGACUAAAGGACCCUUCCUGGCUUUGCUGAAAUUGCGUGGGGAUCUACCUGGAUCUAUCUAGCUGGAGGACAGGAGCUUUCUCAGACUGAACCCUUUCCCUCUCUGCCUCCAGGAUCCUGGCCUUAACAGGCCAUGAAGAUUCAAUUGCCUGGUAUUCUACAAAUGAGCCUAUCAAAGCCCUGUUUCAUCCGCUUUGAUCCAUCCAUUCCUGAUCGGAAAGCACAAGCCCAGCAGGAGGGAGCAGCGGGCUGCAGGCUCACCUUUGCAGGUGCCAGCCACCCUACCAACAGCUCUGCUCCCAGGAAUCUGAGAUGAGAGAGCGCUAAAUUCUGAUGCUCAUCUUGAUGCCAUCGCUCUCAUCUGUAUAUUGACAGGAUAAAAAACUUGAACAUGCCUCGUAGCCCAACAUCAAGUGAAGAUGAAAUGGCACAAAGCUUUUCCGACUAUUCUGUUGAAUCUGAAUCAGACAGUUCCAAAGAAGAAACUAUUUAUGACACAAUUAGAGCAACUGCAGAAAAGCCAAGCAGCAGAAUGGAAGACAGUCAGAGCAACACAUUAGUGAUUCGAAUUAUAAUACCUGAUCUGCAGCAAACGAAAUGCAUUAGGUUUAACCCAGAAGCUUCAGUGUGGGUUGCAAAGCAACGAAUUUUGUGCACUUUGAAUCAGAGUUUGAAAGAUGUCCUGAAUUAUGGGCUGUUCCAGCCUGCAAGCAAUGGUAGAGAUGGGAAGUUUUUGGAUGAGGAACGACUUCUUAGGGAAUACCCACAGCCAGUGAAUAAAGGAGUUCCUUCACUAGAGUUUCGGUACAAGAAAAGAGUCUAUAAACAGUUCAAUCUUGAUGAAAAACAGCUGGCCAAGCUUCAUACAAAGGCUAAUUUGAGAAAAUUUAUGGAUCAUGUCCACCAUCUCUCAGUGGAAAAAAUCACAAAGAUGUUGGACCGAGGACUGGACCCAAAUUAUCAUGACCUAGAAAGUGGAGAAACACCCCUAACUUUGGCAGUUCAGCUUGACAAUACAGUAGAAGUGAUAAAAGCUCUGAAAAAUGGAGGAGCACAUUUAGACUUCAGAGCUAAAGAUGGAAUGACAGCUCUACACAAAGCAGCCAGAGCCAAGAACCAAGUAACCCUCAAGACCCUUUUAGAGCUUGGAGCAUCUCCUAACUACAAAGACAGCUGUGGCCUGACACCACUGUACCACACUGCCAUUGUGGGAGGGGAUCCCUACUGCUGUGAGCUGCUACUUCAUGAACAUGCUACAGUCAGUUGCAAAGAUGAAAACGGAUGGCAAGAAAUUCAUCAGGCUUGCCGAUACGGACAUGUCCAACAUCUAGAGCACCUCCUCUUCUACGGCGCCGAUAUGUGUGCGCAGAACGCCUCUGGAAACACCGCACUGCACAUCUGCGCCCUGUACAACCAGGAGAGCUGUGCAAGAGUGCUGCUGUUCCGGGGAGCCAACAAGGAGAUAAAGAAUUAUAACAGCCAGUCUCCAUUUCAGGUGGCUAUAAUAGCGGGAAAUUUUGAGCUUGCUGAAUAUAUCAAGAAUCACAGGGAAGCCGAUAUUGGUUCCUGCUUCCCAUAUCCAAGUAGAAGUCCCUGGAAUCUGUUGCUGGCAGUGCCCUUUAGAGAGGCUCCCACCUAUUCAAACCGAAGGCGGAGACCCCCGAGCACCUUAGCAGCACCUCGGAUCUUGCUUCGUUCCAACAGCGACAACAAUCUGAACAUCAACAACCUCCCUGAGUGGUCAGCCUCCUCCUCUGCUUCUUCACACCGCAGCCUUUCACCUCAUCUACUUCAACAGAUGCAGAAUAAUCCUAAUGGAACUGUAAAAACUGUGGGGAGUUACACUCCGUCCUCCCGGAGCCGGUCGCCAUCCCUGAACAGGCUGGGAGAGGAUGCCAAGCGGCAGCAGCACAGGCACAUCAGUGCCGUUUACAGUCCUAGUGCCAACAAGGAUACUUUGUCUGCCUUGGAUUAUCAGGGUCCAAAACGCAAGCUUUACAGUGCUGUACCUGGAAGACUUUUUAUUGUCGUAAAGCCAUAUCAACCUCAAGGAGAAGGGGAAAUUCAUCUGCACAAAGGAGAUAGAGUCAAAGUUUUAAGCAUCGGUGAAGGUGGAUUCUGGGAAGGCAGCACCCGGGGACAUAUUGGAUGGUUUCCUGCAGAAUGUGUUGAAGAAGUUCAGUGUAAACCAAAUGAAAGCAAACCAGAAACACGAACAGACAGAGCAAAGAAACUGUUCAGACACUACACAGUUGGAUCCUAUGACAGCUUUGAUGCUUCAAGUGACUGCAUAAUAGAAGAAAAGGCAGUGGUCCUGCAGAAAAAAGACAAUGAAGGAUUUGGAUUUGUGCUCAGAGGGGCAAAAGCUGACACACCAAUUGAAGAAUUCACCCCAACUCCAGCCUUUCCUGCUUUGCAGUACUUGGAAUCUGUGGAUGAAGGGGGAGUAGCAUGGCAAGCUGGCCUGAGAACUGGAGACUUUUUGAUCGAGGUUAACAAUGAGAAUGUAGUGAAAGUUGGCCACAGGCAGGUGGUGAACAUGAUUCGACAAGGGGGCAAUCACCUAGUUCUUAAGGUUGUCACAGUAACCAGGAAUCUUGAUCCAGAUGACACAGCUAGAAAGAAAGCCCCACCACCACCUAAGCGAGCUCCAACCACUGCACUGACCUUGCGGUCUAAGUCAAUGACCUCAGAGCUUGAAGAGCUGGUGGAUAAAGCUUCAGUACGGAAGAAGAAGGAUAAGGUGGAUGAAAUAGUACCAGUUUCCAAGCCAUCAAGAAUUGCAGACAAUGCAACUGUGGACUCCAGAGUGGCAACUAUUAAACAGCGGCCUUCUAGUAGAUGUUUUCCCUCAGCUACAGAUAUGAAUUCCAUGUAUGAGAGACAGGGUAUUGCUGUGAUGACGCCCACUGUACCAGGGAGUCCUCAAGGUCCUUUUCUGGGUAUACCUCGGGGUACAAUGAGAAGACAAAAAUCUAUAGGAAUAACAGAGGAAGAACGGCAGUUUUUGGCUCCUCCUAUGCUGAAGUUUACCAGAAGUCUUUCAAUGCCUGACACCUCUGAAGAUAUCCCACCACCACCACAGUCCUUACCUCCUUCACCACCACCACCUUCUCCCUCUCUGUACAACUCUCCCAAAUCCCCGACAUCCAGGAGCUAUGGAACUAUUAAACCUCCAUUUAAUCAGAAUUCAGGUUCAAAAAUUUCUUUGGUUAGGCCUGAGAAUGUGGGAACAAUGAUAAGGGACAAAGGGAUCUAUUACAGACGAGAACUGGACCGAUACUCUUUGGACUCUGAAGACCUGUACAGUCGUGCCGCAUCUCAGGCAAAUUUCAGGAACAAGAGGGGUCAGAUGCCAGAAAACCCAUAUUCUGAGGUUGGGAAGAUUGCAAGCAAAGCAGUUUAUGUGCCAGCCAAGCCAGCAAGGAGGAAGGGGAUGCUAGUGAAACAAUCCAAUGUUGAAGACAGUCCGGAAAAGACCUGCUCUAUUCCAAUCCCGACAAUUAUUGUGAAAGAGCCAUCCACCAGCAGCAGUGGGAAAAGCAGCCAAGGGAGCAGCAUGGAAAUCGAUCCUCAGUCUUCAGAGCAACCUGGGCAACUCCGACCCGACGAUAGCUUAGGUGUCAGCAGCCCGUUUGCAGCAGCCAUUGCUGGAGCAGUGAGGGACAGGGAAAAGAGGCUAGAAGCAAGGCGUAAUUCUCCAGCCUUCCUUUCCACAGACCUAGGAGAUGAGGAUGUUGGACUAACACCACCAACACCACGUAUGAGGCAAUCUAAAUUCACCGAUGAAGCAAUGUUUAGUAGUGAAGAUGGUUUUAGACAGCUUAUGUCACCAUCUCCGAUUCCCGCACCUAGAGAGCCUGAAAAUCUUUUUAACAGCAGUGAACCCAGCAAUCAAAGCGAUUCAAGGACAUUAAAUGCUUCGUCCAAAACGAAAGGUACUGAAAACAGUACAGUGGCAGCUAAGUCCACAAAUGCCUCCAGCUCAGAUAAUUACGUUCACCCGGUCACAGGAAAGCUGUUAGACCCAAACUCACCACUAGCCCUCGCUCUCUCUGCCAGGGACAGAGCCAUGAAAGAACAAACACAGCAGAUUCCAGGCAAAGGAGACACUGUUAAAGCUGACCUUAAUAAACCACUUUACAUCGAUACAAAGCUGAGACCCAAUAUCGAAACGACUUUUCCUGUUACUGCUACUGUCACUAGGCAAAGUACUCGUGGCCCAUUGAGACGGCAGGAGACCGAGAACAAGUAUGAAACAGAUGCAGGGAAAGAAAAGAAAGCUGAGGAAAAGAAAAACAUGUUGAUAAACAUUGUGGAUACUUCGCAGCAAAAGUCAGCUGGCUUGUUAAUGGUUCAUACGGUGGACACAGCAAAGUCGGACGAUACGCCUGAAGAUGAAGAGGAAAAGAUAGCUGAAAUGGAACCUAACCCUGAAAACUCCCCACCAGAGAGACCAGAGGGGAGCGAGGAAGCAGAAAGUGAGCUGAACGUACCUGCUGCGCCUGAGCCACCGGCAUCUCCCUGCAAAACCAUCGUAGCAGCGAGCUCUGUCGACGACCCUGUCAUCUUGCCAUUCCGCAUCCCUCCUCCUCCCUUAGCAUCAGUUGAUAUUGAUGAAGAGUUUAUGUUUACUGAGCCACUACCACCCCCCUUAGAGUUCGCCAACAGCUUUGAUAUCCCCGAUGACCGUGCAGCUCCUGGUUCGGCUCUAACGGACUUGGCUAAGCAAAGAAAAAAUGGCACACCUUCACCCGCGCCAUUUGCCCCCAGCCAGUCAACAAAUUCCUUAGACAGUAAAAAGCAAGUGGGUCUUUCAAACUGUUUGCCUGCCUCCUUUCUGCCACCCCCUGACAGCUUUGAUAACGUCACUGACUCUGGGAUUGAGGAGGUAGACAGUCGAAGUAGUAGUGACCAUCACUUAGAGACAACCAGCACUAUCUCAACAGUGUCCAGCAUCUCUACCUUAUCCUCGGAAGGGGGUGAGAACGUGGAUACUUGUACAGUCUAUGCAGAUGGGCAAACAUUUCUGGUGGACAAACCCCCAGUACCUCCUAAGCCAAAAAUGAAGCCCAUAAUCAACAAAAGCAAUGCACUUUACAAGGACGCGCUAAUUGAAGAAACUGUAGACAGCUUUGUUAUUCCUCCUCCCGCUCCGCCCCCACCUCCGAUCAGUGCACAGCCCAAUAUGGCUAAAGUUGUUCCCCAAAGGACAUCUAAGCUAUGGGGUGAUGUGACGGAGGUGAAAAGCCCAAUUCUCUCAGGCCCAAAGGCUAAUGUUAUUAGUGAAUUGAACUCAAUACUCCAGCAAAUGAACAGAGAGAAAUCCUCAAAGCCAGGGGAAGGAUUGGAGUCACCUACUGGAACAAAAACUGCAAGUCUCAGUACAAGGAGCACGGAAGUCAUGAGUACUGUCUCAGGUACACGAAGUACAACAAUCACUUUUACUGUCCGACCUGGAACCAGCCAGCCGAUCACACUGCAGAGCAGGUCCCCAGACUAUGACAGUAGGACCUCAGGAGCAAGACAUGCUCCAAGCCCUGUGGUUUCACCAACAGAGAUUAAUAAAGACAUCAUGCCUGCUCCUCUGACUGCUUCUGCUUCAGCUUCAUCUCCUUCUCCAACUUUGUCCGAUGUAUUUAGCCUACCCAGCCAGCCCCCUUCUGGGGACUUAUUUGGCUUGACCACAGGGCGCAGCAGGUCUCCUUCUCCCUCAAUAUUACAACAGCCAAUCUCAAAUAAGCCUUUUACAACUAAGCCUGUCCACCUGUGGACUAAACCAGAUGUGGCAGAUUGGUUGGAAAGUCUAAACUUAGGUGAACAUAAAGAAACAUUUAUGGACAAUGAAAUAGAUGGCACUCAUUUACCAAAUCUACAAAAGGAAGAUCUGAUAGACCUUGGAGUGACUAGAGUUGGGCACAGAAUGAACAUAGAAAGAGCUUUGAAACAGCUGCUGGACAGAUAAGAAUAGCUAUUUUGCCUCACAAACUUCUGUUGAUAACUAGAGAUGGGCUGGUACUGAAAUACCCCAAAUGCCUUGGCUGUCUGCGAGUGCCAGCAAAAUUGGGGGGCGGGGAGGGGGAAAACAGUUUAAUUCCUGGUACUCAGGUAAUGCAGACUGUAUGCUACAUGCCCAAACAUAAAUCUAAAUAUGUUACACGAGUGGGGCCAUUUUAUUUCAAAGCUGUGGGGAGAUUUGAGAGAGAGAGAGAGAAAAUUGUUAACUUCAAAAAUACUAUCUCUUGAUAACGCCCUUCUGCUGGAACCAUUACGUACCACUUUUCUUUCAAUGUAAAAUUGCAAGCGUUUCAUUUUUUUAUUGAAAAGCACUAUAUUCUCUUCUUGACAUUCAGUCUCCGAGCGGGCUUCCUUCCCCAGCCCUUAGUUCAUUUUAAGAGGACAGAUUGCUUCAUUACCAUUCAAACCCAUUUUUAUUAGUAGCAGAGGCACAAUAUUAAGAUGACAGGUACAGGAGUUCAUAUUACUGGUUUUUACUAGUUUAGCGCUCUGAUUUGUUGGCAGUGAAGCUGGUUGUUCUGCUGGAAUUAGUUCAAAGGUAACCUUGCUCUGUUUUACCUGGUAUUUCUUUAUUUCUGCAGUUAUACUUAGCACUCUUCCAAGGUGGCAGAACAAGUUCAAUACAUGCUCCAUUGACUUGACCUGUAAGACGAUGCAGACGUUGCAUAAAAACUGAGGAGGAAUGCACACUUAGAGGUACAACAAAAUGAAGCUAGUUUGAACCUGAGACCCCCAGUUUUCAACCAGCUAAACUACUGCUGUCGCAAUAUGAACUCUACAAGCCAGUAAAAAUUUGGGGUUGUGUACAGGCGCAUCUUUUGGACUUCACAGUCAGAUACUCAAAUGUGCUGAACCCUGAGAGGUAAUUCAGUGAGUGGUAAGUGCUUAGCUGUUUUGAACAUCAGACCAAGAAGGAAUAAAAAGAUAGACGAAUGUUCCCAUUGAAGAACAGUCAGUGGGAAGGUUGCCAGUAUUUUAAAUGAGAGAGGGAUUUCAGCCUGUUAGCAGGAAUGGAAAUGUUUCAGCUUGUUAAGAAACCAAAAAAGGUAAAAAAGGUAAUGCCAAGAUGGAAAGAGGUAUAUAGUCUCUCAGCAGGCAUGUGUUCCGAGGGCCAGGAGAGUUGGGUAGGUAUCCAGUUUCUCGUUUUUAUCGCUGUUAGCAGGCGCUGGCUCCCUGACAAGGAGAGCAGACUGAGCACUUCAGGGGAGCUGGGCGCUGCCCACCGGCCUCCAGCCAUUGCUUUGCGCGGCCCUUAGAGCGGUGGCGGGAGAGAAACCAGGGCUGUGCCCGGCGUGGGGGGGACAGAGCGCCAGACCUUUCCAGGAGACUUCGGUCAGCAGGGGAGAAACACACAGAUUUGCUUAAUCUGACUUUUUUUUUUUUUUUCUUUCCUUUUUUUUUAAAGUUAACAAAUCUCUCUCUGCAUGUUUGAACUCCCCUUGUAAUUAACACCUCUUAAUAUCUGUGAGUUUUGUAGGUCUUUAUUAACAUAAUAUUCAAGAUGUUCAAGGUGGGUAAAUUGUGUGUGGAUGGCUAGACUGCCUACCUACCAUUCUUUCAGGUUCUCUUACAUUUUGCAAGGUACCUGAACUUUUUUCCUUGAUAAUGGUCCUUGAUAUGGUCCAGCCUAUCUCUAAUUUUUUUAUUGUGAUUAUUUUUGCUCACAAACAAGUGUCUAAUUAGGUCUGCAACAGCCCUAGUAUGAGUACAUAAAGUUUAGCAUUUUAAAUAUCUUUCUUUACUGCAAGUUUAAAUAGUUGUACAGAUAGUUUAUAAGCACAAUAUUUUAAGAAAAUAAGUGGCUGGUCUACUGGGCAGCCUUUGUGCCACUUCAGUGCUAGAAAGUUAAAAACAACAAAAAAAAACUUUUGUGGUUUACUACUAUUUCUGUGGAAUAAUUAUAAAGUCUUGACCUUUUUAAAAUCAACCUCAUUUGGAUGCAUCUGAACCAGCAGAGCUGUGUUAUAUUUUCUAUCUUUGCUAGAACUUCUACAAAGGAGGAUGAAUAUUUCUUCAAAAGUGGUUAUAGUUACCAACGCAUUGGAUACUCAUAAAAAGCAACUUAUUUAGCCUCCUGCCCCCUUUACGGAACAACAAAUCUUUUGACUUAACAUCUGUUACUACGCUAUAUUUGUAUUUGAAAGUUCCAAGUAACCUUGUAAUAAAAAUCAAGUACUAAGGCAUUUUACUUUCAAGAGUACUGAAUUUUUCCAUAGGUGUUGUAGAAAAUGGCAGUUUCAUUCAGAUAGUUGAUACAGGCAACUUGAGGCCAUCAAAUACUUUAAGAAGUGUAAAAAUGGUAAUUUAGCCAUCAUUGUCUUCCAUUUGGUGAUAUGACAGAAUUCAGUAAAUAAACCACUAAUGCCAUGCUCUUUUUUUUGUUUCUUUGGGUACAGUUGAUAUUACCUCUAUAACAUGUGCCAGAAAAUACAUUAGAAAAUAUGGUAGUAAAAGAAAAUGUAGAAGUUGACUUUUAAGCUGCUUUUUAAUCACAACCUUCUUGUUGAAUUUACAUUGAACGAGUGCUGACAUACACAGUAAAUUACAGUUGACAUCCCUUUCUUACACAGGUGUGUUUCUUGCUCGUGUAUCUUUUCAGGUACUGAAAGACUAGGUACAAUACAAUUAGUAGAAAAGAGGUUUAACACAUUAAAGAGCUAAUGAAAUAGUUUAUUUUUUACAUUGUGUCUUACAAAGUAAAGGUAAGGAGACCUGAGAGGACCUACUUUCACCAAUAAAAUACACCUCUGCCAAGAUGAAUUGGUCUCUAGCUCUGUGUGAUGAUUUUGCUACAGAAAGCAAUAGUAACAGAUACGACGUUGCCUCCGAGUAUUUUCAUCAGUCUGGAAAUGUUGGGGGGAGGAGAGAAGACCCAUUUAUUUCAUGCUACUAUGAUAGUGAAAAACGAGUUGUUAGAGAUCUAUGAAAUACGUUACGAUAUUCUGGGUUUUAGGAUCAACUUUUGUUUAUAUACUGUAAUUUAAAUAAAUUGCAUUUACAUGCCUAGUUUCUGUAAUAUUUGUGUAUACAAUACCAAAAUCUUACAAGAUGUAAAUUGUGUAUAACUGCACAGACUCCUUUCCCUAGGUGUCUGAGAACAUUUUAAGUUUAAUUCAUAUAUUAUAAAAUGACUAGAUGUGACUGUUGAUUUACAGAAUUUACAUAUCACAAAAGUUAAUUAUUUGUGGUACUUAAGUUAAUAAAAAUAGUGAUUUUUUUUUUUUUCUCAGUUCUUAAAAAGCAUUACCCAGUUGAUCUGGCGAUGAUUAUGUGUAUGAGCCACAAAUAUUGAUAAUUUUUCCAUUACAUUUUUUCUUUUAUUUUCUAGAUAUUAAUAUGUUUCUCGCUAUAGUUUGUGUAACAACUUGUGUUCACGUUAUCUAUGUUGCUGUAAUUUUUGUGCUUUAAUUCCUCUUAUUUCAACUGAUUAAAAAAAUCAAGCUCCUGUAACUUGCACUUUUCCCCAAUCCUUAAUACUCUUGUAUGGCAACCAAAAUUACUGUAAGAAAUAAAUAUAAUAUUGCA